CUCUCUCUCUCUCUCUCUCUCUCUUUUCCCCAUAAUUGGGAAUCGAUCUCACCAGGUGCUGCUCCAGCUUCGUUUCUUCACCACUUCAACUAGCUCAAACCACAUCACUUGCGAACACUCAUAGAAGUUCAAUCAAUCAAAAACCCAAUAUGAAGAAAUUACACUCAGCCUUCAUAUUCUACGAAAAUUCCCUACAUUUGAAGCUUUGAAUACUUUAAAUCCGGUCAAGGGUUUUUCAUAUGAACAACUUUGCCCUUUGUUACCCAUAUGCAUUUACGCUCCAUCUUCUUCCUCAACCAGUCGUUGAAACGAGACAUCCACCAUCACAUUCUUCAGCCACCUCUCCCCCGCUCAAGCACUUCGUUCGUCGUUCCACCGAUGUCGAUGCUGUCGGAUUCAUCCUCCGCGUCGUCGUCUUCCUCGGGUUAUCUAGACAACUUGUGAAGGAAUCACUAGCAAUGAUUAGGUCUCAAAUUCCUUUCGGGAGGAAGUCGAUGUUGGAGGCAUAUGUUGACAUCGUUUUUAGGGCUUGGAAGGCUGCAAAUGGGGAGACAAGAGAGGAGAUAAGUUGGAGGCAUAUGCAAGCAUUGGUUGAUAGCUCAACUCAUGAGCAAGGUUAUUAAGAUAAGUUUUGCUUCGUGAUUGAAAUUGGAUUGCACAUGGUCUUCUAGUAGAUACUUCAAAGUGAAGUUGAUAGUGGGCAUGGUGUUUAUUUUUGAACUUAGGCAGCUAAGAAAUCUUUAUGCAGAUGUUUUAUGUAAACAGAAGCACUAUUACAUCUCCUUGUAUAUGAAUGUGAAAACUGAUUUGUAUAUGAAGAGGAGGGAUAACAUCAUAACGUCA